CAGUCUUUUAUUGACGAUUAUAGAUAUUUCGUACCCGACAAAAGCAGCACACUCCUUUUCCUUGCCACUCUUUAACCCACCUGUCAAAGAAACAGACCGUACUCGUCCUCUAAUCACCUACGCGCAUGCCCUCAAGUCGCCAACAUGAUACUCCUCCACUUCGUUGUCAUCGGCAUCGCCACCUUGCUGGGCCUCUUGCCAAGGCUUCAGCUAAGAAAUGCUCUCCAGGGGUCCAACACUCUGACCUUAUCGCCAACUAUAACACCCCGUGUGGUUGAGGUCCAGGUCCCGACCUUGCCGUACCAAACCUCAGACUGGGUCGAUGUCAUUGACGUCCAUCCUUCGCUCAAUGACUUAGCCUCCUCUUCGUUCCUGGUGAACAGCUGUAGGCUUCGUCCUAUCCAACAGGCCAUCUUCCUCCCACUCUGUCCCGUUAUAUAUGAAGCCCCAAGGAUCAACAUUCACAAGGAGGGCGUUGUUACAUCCCCUCAAGAACAGAUUCUUCUGGAGGAUGACUUCCCUAGCAUCGAACGCGAGCCGGCCCAACCAAGCCGAUCCUGGAUCCCUAGGCCAGUGGACUUGUAUCCCACUGUUCUAAUACUUGCCGCAAUACUGGCUGUGAAGUACGUUUUACACCUAUCGUCAAACAACAGCCGCGAUGCUCAAGUCCAAAUCUACACCGACCGGAUCAAAACACUCCAAGGAGAUGUCUUGAUACACAGAGAAGGUGCCCGGACAGCAGGUGAAAAGGUUUCGCAUUUAGAGUCGUCCAACAACAAUCUUGAGAUGGAGCUCAGGCACCUGAAGUUCUCCAUUGAGCAAUUGAAGUCAUCCAACGAAGAAUUGAACUCCCGACACAAUAGUGUUCUGGAAUCGCGGGUGAAUCUGGAGAAAAUGUACAGCCGACAAUCGGAGUCGGGCAAGAAGCUUCACUCUGAGCUUCAACACAAAGAAUCCAUCAUCAAGCGGUUGCAGACACUAGACAAAGAGCAAGCUGCCGGUUCCACGACCGAUAGCCAUGCACAGACAGAUGGUCAAUAUGUACGUGAAGAGCUAGAAGCGAAACAAAGUGAGCUCGACGCUGUUCAAUCCGACGUGAUCACGUUGCAAGAGGAACUCGCCAAGGUCAAAGGGUCUCAUCAACAUGUUGAGAAUCGUCUUGCACGGAGAUCUCUUUCGCUCGAGCAAGCGCAAAAGAAAUUUGAUGAUGAGAGGGCGACCCACAAGAUCACCAGAGGAAAACAUCAGGCCUGUGCCGCAUCGCUCGAGAAGGAGACCAAGUCAAGGCGUGAGUUGGAACAAGCCAAGACAAAAUUGACUCGCGAGCUCAAACAGCGCGAAGAUCAGCUUAAUGUGUACAAGGCAUCUGCGCAGAAGAAGGAAAAGGCAUUGGAAGGGCUGCAGUCCAACGACGAAACUGCGACUCUGAGAACCGAAAUCGCCGACUUGCAGAAGAAACUCGAGGCAUCCGACAAGUCCAAUUCCUCACUUCUCGCUGACUUCCAACGACAAAAGCGCCAACUCAAGGACAAGGACGAUGUUCUAAAUAAGAACUCGUCCGAGUUAUCAGCUCUUGAGCACCAGAUCAAGACACUCGAGGAAAAGAAUAAAGAUGCAAAACUCGAGCAAGGGAUCCUCUCUCAAAAAUACACACAACUGGAGAAAGAAAUCACCUCCCUCCAGUCUGACAAGAACGCAGCCGAGAAUCUCAACUCGGAUAAGGAAAAGCUCGAGGGUGAACUACGUGAGGCACAAGCAAGUCUCAAUCGUCAAAUCCGGGUAAAUUCAGUGCAAACGGCUGAGAACAAGAGGGUUCAGAAAGAAGUUGAAGAGCUCAAGAAGCAGAGGAAGAGUCACAACAGCGAGGUCGAGACGCUGACUGCUCAGCUCCAACAAAAAGAGGCCGAUCUGCAAGCCAGUCAAGCUGCAGGCCAACGUAUGAUCGAACCUGAGGUCCUUGAGGCAGAGAAAGAACGCGUCACUGGGUAUAAAGCCCAGCUGGAUGGCGCUAUCGCUUCGAACGAACAGCUUAAAGAGACCAAUUCACAGCUUGAAAAACUCUCCACCGAUUACCAAAGUCGGAUUUCAGAAUUGGAAGCUGAGAACGCGAGCGCCGUCGCCUCGAAAGAACAGCUGAAAGAGACCAAUUCUCUUCUAGAGCAACUCCAUGCCCGAUAUGACAGUCGGAUUGCAGAAUUGGAAGCUGAAAACGCCCUGCUGAGACAGACGGCAGCCGUAUCGACAACGCCUAUUUAUGACCAGGUCGAACAACAAGCCGAGAGCUUCUCUCCAGAAGAAACUUCCUUCUUCGCGCAGGAAUGGUCAUCAAGCCCCGAAGGUCCAACGACCGCUGAACCAUAUGUCUUUGAGACUGGAAGUGGGUUCAACGAGGCAGACAUUAAAAGAAACGCCGAGCGCGUUCGCGACCUACCAGAUGCGCCGCCCAAUCCAGAGAGUCCAACAACAGCGAAAUCCCUCAGCUUGGAUGAUGAUAUCAUCCGUGUGGCUGCUGUUGAAGCUGGAGACCGAACAAGAUCCAUCAAGGUCAAGUUCCCUCCUACACAGGAUGAUGCCCAUGUAGAAAGUUCGCAGUCGUCGCUGGAGCCGAGUGGGCAACCGAUUGAAUCAGAGACGAGAUCAGACGUGGAGGAAAAGGAAGUAUCGGUUGCUUCCUCUCAACAAUCAGGUGAUGAUAAGACAUCAAUUCCUUCACCUGAACCGACACCAACAGCAAUUUCAUCGUCUGCUGAUGAGAGCACCGUAUCAACCAAAUCUAUUCCGGCCGCUGUUGAAGAGCCUGCACCUCAAAGAGCGGGCUCUGAGAAAGAGGAUAAAGAGGAACUAGAGAGCAAUCCGUCUGCUCCAGCAACAGCGAUGUCAGAAAUUGCUGAGUCCCCCAAGCCCUCCACCGAAGAGCAAAAGCCCAAGGACAAAGGUCUCGAAAGUAGUCGAUGGGCUCCAGCAGCAGUGGACUCGGAAGCCGCAGAGAAAUCUACGCCCUCCACUGAACCAGAAACUCCAAAGACUUCUAAAGGGCUAGAAGCUAGUAUGUGGGCUCCAAAGGCAGCAUCGUCGGAAUCUACUGAGCCACCGGAGCCCUCCAUUGAGUCGCAAGGCCCAAAGACGCCUAAAGGGCUGGAAGCUAGUAUGUGGGCCCCGAAGGAACCUCAAGAAGAAGAGGAAUCUAAGGAGGCAAAGAAGGCCUCUACCUCAUCGCCCGUGGAUACUCCUCAAGUCAAAAAGACGCCUAGAGGGCUCGAAGCAAGUAUAUACGCUCCCCGAAAAGAACCUCAAAGAGAGGAACCGGAGGAGGUCAAGAAGGCAACUUCCAAACCGCCAGUGGACACCCCGCAAGCACCAAAGCCAAAGACUCCUAAAGGACUUGAGGCCAGUAUAUUCGCCCCCAAGACGCCUGAGCCAUCUGAGCCCUCCGCUGAAACACCACAGGACUCCAAGCCUAAAGGACUUGAGAGCAGUAUGUGGGCUCCAGCAGCAGUUCCAAAGGCUACUGAAACCCCAACGCCUACUGCUGAACCGAAAGUCUCCCAGGCUAAAGGGCUCGAAGCUAGUAUACAUGCCCCGAAAGAACUUCAAGGAAAGGGAUCCAAGGAUGAGAAGACUUCCACCAAACCUACGGAUACCCCUCAAACUUCGAAGACCCCUAGAGGGCUAGAGGCCAGUCAAUUUGCGCCGAAAGAAAUUCGAGAUGAGUAUUUACAGGCAAAUAAGGCCGAAGACAAUUCAGAGAAAGGUCCUGCAAAGAUUCCCAAGGGUCUUGAAGCUAGUAUAUACGCCCCGAAAGAAGUUCAAGAGGAAGCAUCCAAGGCUGAGAAGCCCACUCCCAAAGAUCUUGAUACCCUCCAAGUCAAAAAGACUUCCAAGGGACUUGAGGCGAGCCAAUUUGCGCCGAAAGAAAUUCGAGACGAGUAUUUACAGGCGAAGAAGCCGGAAGACAUUCUCAAGAAGGACGCCGCCACCACAUCCGAGGACGUUCCUAAAACUCCAAAGAUCCCGAAAGGUCUCGAAGCCAGUCAGUUUGCGCCGAAAGAAAUUCGAGAGGAGUAUUUACAGGCAAAGAGCCUGGAAGACGAUUUGAAGAAGGCUUCUAUGACAACAGAGGAUGCUAAUAAACCUCCAAAAACUGCUAAAAAGGGGCUUGGAGCAAGUAUGCACGCCCCGAAAGAAGUUCAGGAAGAGCAUAUACAGUCCAAGAAACCUGAAGACGAUUCAGAGAAGGGUUCUGCAAAGACUCCCAAGGGUCUUGAAGCUAGUAUGUGGGCCCGGACAGAACCUCAAACGGAAGAUUCUCAGGAUCAAGCCUCCGAGGACACUUCAAAAGACACUUCAAAGAAGCCUCCUAAGACUCCAAAGACCCCUCAAGGUCUUGAAGAUAGUAUGUGGGCUCCACCAGAAACCCCAGGCGAGGAUAACAUGGUCAAAAAACUAGAAGACUCUUCCAACAAGACGCCCACCACAUCGGGACAUGAAGCUUCUCAAGCUUCACACGGUCCAAAGACUUCCAAGGGCCUUGGGGCUAGUAUGUGGGCUCCGAAGGAAAUUCAAGAGAAGGAUCCCAAGGGUCAAGAGCCACAGGGCACUCCAGAGAAGAGUUCUACGGCGUCGGGAGUUUCGAAACCGAAGGCUCCUAAGGGCCUUGAAGCUAGCAUAUUUGCGCGGCCACAAGCUCAGAGUGAGGACUCAACCGCAACAUCUCAAUCCACCGCCCUGGAAGACCACCCUCAAACAUCCAAAACACCCAAGGGUCUUGAAGCGAGCAUGUUUGCGCCACGUCCGGAACCACAAGCUAAGGACUCUCCGAACCCAAAGACCCCCAAGACCUCUAAGGGUCUUGAGGCUAGCAUGUUUGCGCGGCCACAAACUCAACAGGACAGCCCACAACCCAAAGCGACAUCAACGACUCCUCUAGGAGAUAGUCAAUCUCAAGGCCCCAAGGCACCUAAGGGUCUUGAAGCCAGCCAAUUCGCACCACGUCCAGAACCACAGGGUAAGGAUCCUCAAGCUGCCCCCAAGACCUCCACGACCCCCAAGGGUCUCGGGGCUAGCAUGUUCGCACCGCCACAAACUCACGCUGAGGACACAAAGUCGAAGACGUCUUCUACCACACCCACACCCACACCCACACCCACACCCGCAGGUACAGGUACAGGUACAGGUACAGGUACAAAUACAAAUACAAGGGGAUCUCAUCGAGGAUCUCAUUCCGAUAGCAUGAGUCGCAGUCAAAGUCGUGGACGCGGACGAGGCGGUAGUUCCAACGGCAACGGCAGUGUCAGUGCCGGUACCAGCCGCGACGCCAGCGCCAGUCAGAGCCAGAGCCAAAAUCAAACUCAAGGCCGUGGACGUGGACGCGGACGCGGACGCGGACGUGGGGCUAGUACGACUAGCCGCGCCGGUCACGACCAGAGUCGUAGCCAAAGUCGCAUUCCACGCCGUUCGGAACCAUCCACUUCAGCAUCAGCAUCAGCAUCAGCAUCAGCACCAGGGAGACCUCCUCCUUCUAUUGAUGGACCUGGGCUAGGUGAUAGGCCAUUUGAAGGUGGAGCGCCAGAUACUCGGCCGGCGAAUCCCGGCGCGGAGUAUCAUACAUGGAAGUCGAAAUGAUGAGGAAGGGGAGGAUGGGAAUGUGGAUGAGGAAGAUUAUAAAUAGGAUAAUAAGAGGCGGGCAUGGG